UACAAUUUGCUUACGGAGCGCGUUAUAUAUGAAUUAGGUACCAUGGAUACAAUAAUCACAACACAUGCAUGUGAACAUUUGAUGUGAAAUGAACAUGGCAUUGAUGUUAAUGUCAGUCUGUCAGUCAGUGAAUCAAAAAAUUAAUGAAACACGUUGGAGAAAAAACUGGAUCACAUAUUGCCCCAUUUGUAAUUAUUACUAUGAACAAUUUAUUCGAUGACCACGAGUUGUUAAUAAUCAUCUAAACGAAACUGAAGAUCAAGAUGGAAAGACCUGUAGGCUCUCGGCUGAAUACCAGCCGUUGGUUGGACGCUGUCUGGGAGCCCAAUGCAAAUAUACAUGCGCUUCCUGGAGGCCUAGACAUGCUGGACGUGGCCGGGGAUAAUGAAGCUAGGCUAAUCAUAACUGAUCUCACCUCAGAAGUAACGGAUUCUGCAAAGGUGAGGGUAUAUAAAAAUGGUGAUCCAGUGACUGAACAUAAUAUAAUGGAAUCUCCCUGCGGAGUCGUUGGAUUUUAUUCAGAAAAUGCAGAGCCCAGGUCGGCAGCCGUUGCUGUGGGAGCUGGAUCUAGUAUAUAUAUUUAUAAAAAUAUGAGACCCCAUUUUAAAUAUUGCCUCCCAUAUCUGGAUGCACAUCCCAAAGAGAGAGAGAUAUGGCACAGAGCGGGAUUGGACUUGGACCUGAAUGUUCUAUCCCUUUGCGAUGACCUAGAACUACUCUUCAAAGAGCUAGGAGCGGCAUUUGUCUCUCCUAGGACUAUAAAAUUCUUGUCAAUGGAUGAAAAUCUGCGCGUGGAAUUUGCAGAGGAAUACCGUCGCCUCCCCCUCACCCGUAUGAAUGCAGUAUCAACAAUCGGAUUGAUUCGAAAGGAUUCGUGGAAUGAGCCAGCUAGUAGUUGUAUAAUAGUGGGAGCCGAAUCUGGAGAAAUAUUGAUAUUGCACCCCAGGUCAUUUUCAUUAGUUGAGAAACAUCACAUUGGUUGGCCGCCGGUGGCAGUGACCAGUGCUGGUCUAUGGUCCGGCGAUGGUCGAAUAUUUGUCAUCUCACGAGACGGAAAAAUAGGCUCUUUGACGAAAGGAUGUAAUUCAAUAAAUCUGUGGGAAAAAUUAUCAGCCCCGGCUGUUGCUAUUUCCACUCUCACUUGUGAUGGUGCUGCUGUAGCAUUAAUGGAUGGGACAUUGUGCGGAUUUUCGGGGAGUGGAGUUAAAUUAUGGAGGAUUCAAUUGCCAGGAUUGGCACUAGAUCUGACGAGCCUACCAGUGCAGCAGACAGGACUUUCUUUAUUGGCUGUCAGUGUUCCACGCUACGGGGUUCUUAUUCAUGAUGGUCAGCAUCAUGUGGACACGAUUAAUAUGAUGGAACCCGUAUCAGCAAUGAAGUACGGUCGCAUGGGUCAGGAGGAACGCGCAAUGGCUAUGGUAACGAUUCCCGGUGGUUUAGCGGUUAAGAUUCUGAAGAGGACGGCAAAUUUCUCAGCCAGACCUCAUACUUCCAAAUCAAUUACCGAACGGUGCCAAAGUACAUUCGCAAUACCGAAGAAGACCCGUUUAUUCGUUGAGCAGACUAUAAGAGAGAGAGCCGAGGCGAAGAAAAUACACAAUUCCUUUCAGCAAGGAUUUUUGCGAUUGAGAUUGACGGUAGCGAGAAAAGCACGACAGGAAUUAAAUUCGGGAAAUGAAUCUGGCAUGAAUCCCAUCACUAUGGAAGCUAGUGUUCUCGGUCUGGGUCCAACUUAUGUCUUGCGUACUAUUGUAACAAAUUUAUCUGAAGACCCUACGGAACCUUCACUAUUUCUCGUUUUCAGGGGUGAGACUGUUAUAAAGCCGAGGGUUGUGGAAUUACCAUUAUUACCAAGUGGUAUUUCAAUUCCUGUGUUUGUUAAAGCCACUCCUACUUCUGCAUUAGCUGAAAAGAUACAGAUAUGGCUAUGCAAAAAAAGGAGAAUCAAGCCAAUUGCCACCGUUAGCCUUUUAUUACCACUUGCAGAAGUGGAUAUAGAUGUGUGAACACAUUUGAGUGAUUAUUUAAAAAAGCACUGCCAGUAUGAUAUUAUUGUGAUAAUGUAAACAUUGAAAUAUUAUGGAAUUAUUUUAAUUUCACAGAUAUUUCAAUAGCUUCUCUUGUCUCAAAGUCUAAUAAGGGUAUACAUUAUACAUUAUUUUUUGUUUUCUAUCUCGUUUCAAUUUCCUGGAAUAUUAUUGUUGGUGAUUAGAAAUGAUUAGAAAUGAUUUUAUAACUUUAUUCAUCGUGCAACUGAAAAAGCAAAAUCAUCGUUAAUUGGUAAAGUUUUUCCAAUGUCGAGUUAGGACUAAUCCAAAAUCUUCACUAAUCCAAAAUGCGCGUUAAUUUCA